AUGCAGAACCUGCCGCACGACUUCGAUCCUACUCGCAUACAGCUGCCUGUCCAUCAGCAGGCCUGCGAGCUCGUCGGUCAGUGGGUUGCCGCUGCCACCACCGUGACCAGCGACGACGAAAUGAUAGGCUGUGGUGAAGGUAUUGAGAUCCUGAUUCUGUUGAGCAUGUUCCAGGCCGAGGGUGGCCAGUUGCGACGGGCUUGGAUGACCACCCGUCGUGCACUCGACUUAGCUCGUGUCUUGGGCAUAGAUCGACCAACGCCACCACCCGUUCCCUCAUGUGCGACGGCAAAGGACCCCAAGGCGACGCCUUCCAUGAGCAUCCUAUGGUAUCGCCUUAAUUGCAGUGACCGUUAUCAUUCUGUCAUUCUUGGUCUUACUCCGGCCUCUUACAAGGAUAAUUUCUUGCACGUAACUCCAAUUUCCUCCGACAAGUCGUUUGACAUGCUUAACAAAGCACAUGCUGCUAUUUCUCGGAAGAUUGCAGAUAGAAAUGAUCUCCCGCCUAGGUCGGAUGAGGCGUACUCGGCCACUCAAAGUAUUGAGCGUGAGUUCGAACAGGCUAUGAGCGAGAUAGAAAGGUCGUGGUGGGACAUUCCCGUCAUUCCCAAGGCUACCCUCUCCGACCUCACCUUUUGGCGAAGAUCCACGUCGCAGCUCAUGUCAGCUCGUUCCGCCAUGUACACACAGGUUCGCCACUAUACGCUGCUCAUCCUCCUCCACCUGCCGUAUCUUCUUCGCGACAAGGACGGGGGGAAGCACAGCCACAACCGACUGGCCUGCAUGAGUGCUAGCAGAGCCGUCCUCGAGCGGUUUCUCGCAUUCCGUAAAGGCAACAUCUUGACAAUCGCUGGCCGACCCAUCGACUACUCAGCUCUCAUCGCAGGCAUGACUCUGCUGCUCGGCCACUUAGGCCCAGGGACCGGGCACGACAUGCGGCAGGCUGACCGAGAUCUCGUGGAGGGCGUGCUGAUUACCUUCCGGGAGCUCGCCGAAUACAAACGCGACCGUCUCGCGACUGAGUCGGGCGAGACACUCAGCCAGCUUCUGCCUAUCAUCAUGAACAACAGUCAGGAGCCAGUCAGCCUCACGGUUCCUUUCUUAGGCACCGUCAGCAUCAACCCCAGACCCGCACCUGCCACUGGCACUGGCACAUACGACGCGGGCCACAACUGUGUGGUAUUUCCACAUCCAAUGUCUCUGCAGCACCCGCUUCUCAGUGACUUCGAUCUUGAUCCACGGCCAGUCCUAUCCUUCGAAGCUGCUGGCAUGAACCAGGUUCAUCCUUCUGGCAUGGGCAAUGUUGUGGACGGGAACAUGGAGGAUAGAUCUUCGUAUCUCACGUCUAAUUUGGAAGACUGGGUGUUUCAGGGCAUUGACACUACGUAUUGGUCCACAUUGAACGAGAGUAUGAAUGUGAUGGCAGGGAAAUGA